AUGACGUUACCAUCAUCACCAGAUACGUGUGUUGAGUGUGAACGAACUCUUAACAAUUAUUCGUGGUGUCCAUGCCAAAACGAAAGGAACGUGCGAAGUUUUAAUAAAUGGACCAGUAAUGAUAAAAAAAUGGAUAAUCUUAUUCAAUUUACACAGCGCUGCGCGCAAAAGAGUAUGAAUUACCUUGAAUGGAUUCCAUUUGAUGAUCUUGAUUGUAUUAAACUUAAAUCGCGCGGUUCUUUUAGCACUAUUUAUUCCGCAACCUGGGUAGAUGGUCCAAGAAAUAUUUGGGAUAAAUAUGAUACUGACUGGAUUAGAAAUGGCCCGAUGGAAUGUGCAUUAAAAAGAAUUGAAAAUUCUCAAUCAUUAAGCACAGAAUACUUGGACAAUGUUUUGAAACAUCAUCAGUAUCUAUAUGGUGAAUUUGUGGCUGAUUUCUUUGGCGUAUCGCGAGAUCAAAAAGGUUGCUUUAUUUUCGUUAUGAGACUAUACGACAAAAACUUAUAUCAAUAUAUCGAUGAUAUGGAAAAUUUUCGUUGGGAAAAUGUGAUCUUUAUGCUUCGUAGUAUAAUAUAUAGUCUUAAACGAAUUCAUGAUAAUGGUCAUUAUCAUGGCAAUCUUCAUGGUGGUAACUUGUUAAUUUCGGCCAAUAAUGCAGUAAUCACAGACGUCGGUUUAUAUGGUCCUGCAGAUAGAACGAAUUCUAACAUUUAUGGU